GCUCAGUAUGGAAUACCAUAGGGUCCAUAAACUAUACAAGUGUUCUGCGCACCUAGAAGUGGUGCUGCGGUGGUCACCAACCCUGGUUCCUGCCAAGCAUCAAAUAGCCUACCUGUUUCAGCUGAUCACUGUGGUAUAGUGCAGUGGGGACCCCCAGUUGUUUAACAGAUUUCCUCUAUUCCACCCGAGCACCCCUCAAACCCUUGACAGAGGACUAGGUGUGGAUGACCCCUCCCCUUACGAGAUGUAACAGGAUGCUGAACCAUCACUGUAGAAGGAACCCCGAGCUUCAAGAGGAGCUGCAGAUACAGGCUGCAGUGGCAGCGGGGGAUGUGUACACUGUCAGGAAGAUGCUGGAGCAAGGCUACUCUCCGAAGAUCCGUGAUGCCAACGGGUGGACCCUGCUCCACUUCUCCGCUGCCAAGGGGAAGGAGAGAUGUGUCCGGGUCUUCCUGGAGCACGGAGCUGAUCCCACAGUAAAGGUCAUCGGCGGCUUCACGGCGCUCCACUAUGCCGCCAUGCACGGCCGCGCGCGCAUCGCCCGCCUCAUGCUGGAGUCGGACUUCCGCAGCGACAUCAUCAAUGCCAAGAGCAACGACGGCUGGACGCCGCUGCACGUGGCCGCCCACUACGGCCGCGACUCUUUCGUGCGGCUCCUCCUUGAGUUCCGCGCCGAGGUGGAUCCCCUCAGCGACAAGGGCACCACGCCCCUCCAACUCGCCAUCAUCCGCGAGCGCUCCAGCUGCGUSAGAAUCCUGCUGGACCACAGCGCCAACAUCGACAUUCAAAAUGGCUUCCUGCUGCGCUACGCCGUCAUCAAGGGGAAUCAUUCCUACUGUCGUAUGUUCCUGCAGCGGGGUGCGGACACUAACCUGGGUCGCCUUGAGGACGGGCAGACCCCGUUGCACCUAUCAGCACUAAGAGACGACGUGCUGUGUGCCCAGAUGCUUUACAAGUACGGCGCUGACACCAACACAAGGAACUACGAGGGCCAGACUCCCGUGGCGGUGUCGUCGAGCAUGUCGGGCAUCAGCCGCCCCUGCCUGGACUUCCUACAGGAGGUCACCAGACAACCAGGACUUUGCAGGACAUGUGUCGGAUAAACAUCCGGCAUCGCAUAGGCCUCCCAGAGCUUGAAGUUUUCUGGAGGACCGCCCAUUGCCAAGGUCAUGAAAAGACUACCUAAAACACAGUUUGAC